AUGCAGAUUGCUUGGUACCAAAUUGGCACCCAUGUCGAGCAUCUUUUCUACGCCCUGGAGUUGACAUUGACAAGUAUCAUGGUUACAAAUAUUUUCCAGUACGGCUGGUGGCGAUGCAAAGCUCGAACCGGUGAUCUGUCCCACUGGCAAAGGUGGGACGCUGCAUACUACUUGGGGGCAGCUGUGCCUAUGAAUAUUGGUAUGCCACUGGCAGUAGUGCUCAUCUAUAUCGGUGAAGCAGGCUAUCCACAUUCCAAAAUGUGGCGCAACGGGAGCUGGAUGCCGAAUACACCACAUGGAAUUAUUCUGUACAUCUUCAAAUGGCUUGGAGUGAUAUUCCUCACAAUUGGUGUGUUCAAAGCCACCCAGCUUCACUGGAAGAUCAUUAAGAAGUGGAGGAAGCUGCGUGGCCAGGCGGAGUCAGCAAGAACUGGGAGAUCCAUUGAUUUGUGA